AUGCUUUUAAAAAUAUUUGUCACUUUGAUGUUUGUUGCCAAAGUUUUCUCAUUGCAGUAAGUUUAGGCCUAGACUAGAUUUUAGGCUUUCUUCUUAGGCCAGGCUUCUCUAAGGCUUCUCUAGAUCCACAAAUCUCUGAAAUUCCAGAUGUUACUUUGACGCAAAAGUAGAUUCACUAAAAUUAAACGUUCAAGAUGGAAUUGACAAUUGUGAAAGCGACGAUUCUUACUGUAUCAAACUCGAAAACGUCAAUGGUGUUUAUGCAAAAGGAUGUGCAAAAACCGCGGAAAAACUAACACUGAACUCACUUCAAGUAACUUGUGAUUCGGAAGGUUGUAGUGAGACUGGAAAUAUGUGUUGUUGCAAGGGAAAUAAGUGCAACAGUUCGAUGGGAGUGUCUAAUUUUUUGAGUUUUUUCGUGGUGAUUGCUGCGUUUUGCGGGCUUAAACUUUGA